ACUACCGUAUUUACACACACUAGAAAAUGUAAAAUAUGUACGCAAUACAUACAAAAAUGCAACUGUUAUUGGUCAUUCAGUCGCUAAUUAGUCACAAACGUAGGAGCACGCAUCAUUAGAUCGCAAAAGUACCGUUAGCAUGUCAACUAAAAAGCAUCUUCGGAGUAAGGAAAAAGAAAUUAUUGCAAAAGUUUACCACCGAAUGAAAUAUGAAGCGGAACAUGGAGUAGAAAAAUUAACUGAUGCUAGAUGGCGAACUGCCCAAGCUGUUGGUGUUAGUGAAUCCACGAUAACGCGAAUUUUACGAGAAGCAAAACAAGCAAGCAUAUCAAGGAAUACGUCACAGAAACUUUUUAAAUCGCCAUCUAAACCAAAAAGGGUUCGUACUAAGUCAAGGCUGGAUGAUUUUGAUAUGGGUGUACUUCGAAGAACGAUAGCGACGUUUCAUACAGAACAUAAUGAAUUACCAACAUUAAGAAAAUUAAAACAAGUAUUGAAUGAUAAAAUUGGUUUUAAUGGCUGUAUAGAAACUCUGCGAACCAUUUUGAAGGAAUCGGGUUAUAUUACCGUAAGGCUUUAGUCGAAAAACACGAUAUACAAAUGUUGCGCUUUCAAUAUUUGAAACAGUUAAAAAAAUAUCGCGACGAGGGUCGACAUAUUGUAUUCACUGAUGAAACUUAUAUUCAUACAACACAUGUUCAAAACAUGUGCUGGAAACAAGUGCCAGGAGUAUCGCCAUUGCAAAAAAAAUUAUCUAAGGGUAUGCGGAUCAUAGUUAUUCAUGCCGGUGGAUGUGAAGGAUUUGUCCCAAAUGCUAAUUUAACAUUCAAAGCAAAUUCAACAAGUGGAGAUUAUCAUGACAAUAUGAAUCUCGAUAAUUAUAAAAAAUGGCUCUCCACACAAUUACUGCCAAAUCUACCGGAAAACGCUGUCAUAAUUAUGAAUAACGCUUCUUACCACAAUGCUUUAUUGGAAAAAGCUCCUAACUCCAACUCCAAUAAACAUGCUAUGCAAACAUGGCUUGCUGGAAAAAAUAUUCCGUUUGCCGAGACUAUGAAAAAAAUAGAACUUUACGAUCUAAUUUUAAGACAUAAAGAUAUACACAAAAGGUUCGUUAUCGACGAACUGAUUCGAUCAAAAGGAUUUGAAAUUCUGAGACUCCCACCUUACCAUCCUGAACUUAAUCCGAUUGAAAAGAUAUGGGGGAUAUUAAAAAAUUACGUGGCUAGUAAAAACGUGACACAAAAUUUAACCUCGAUUAUGGCGUCCAUAAAUGAACGACUCGAAACAAUUGAUCGUACCAUGUGGGCAAAUACAUGUCGGCAUGUUGAAGAAACAGAAAAACAAUAUUUACAAUAUUUUGACACGGAUAAUGAAUUCAUUAUUCAUACGACUCGCAUACAGAUGAAAGCGACUAUAUCGAAAUGAGUGAAUAGUGAUUAUUUACAUAAUUCAAUCCCACUUAAUUUUUGAGUACGAUCAUAUACUAAAUAUACUAUUUUUAAUUGUAAUAUAAAAUAUAUUUAACUGUAAAAUAAAUACAUAUUAAAAAAAAAUGUCAGUUCUUUCUAUAGAUAUACCUACUUAAAA